ACUGGGCAUGCGCGGUGCCGGCGGACUCGCGCAAGAUAGAAAAUGGCGAGUUCGUGCAAGCGACGAAUUUGCACCAACGAGAAGCGCGGAUUUCGUCAGGAUCUGGAUUCGUGGCGGUCUAAAUUCAUUGCCUGUGUGGGGGUUGAGAAGAUUGUGGAGUUACUUGAGUCAAGAAUUUUAGAAGACCUAACUCGUCUCAAAGAUUAUAAGCCUGCAAGUGUGUCAAAUUGGUCAUUUGAUGAAAAAUGUCUUUUCUGCUGCUUAAGACGAGAGAAAGUGAAGGAUCAUGUAAUUGCACUCAAUAACAAAAUUGUGGAAAGUGGAGGCAAACCUUUACUUGGCAAGGAUCAUUGUAAUAUCAGCAGACUUGAGCGGCAAGUAGAAGAAUUCCUCAAUGCAGUCUUGCACAGGAAAGAGUACACACCAAGGAUCCCGGAUCCUCACAUCCCCGUGGUGGCUUGUGAUACCAUGCAACAAAUGUUUGAUCAUUUAGUUGUGCAUCAUACCUCAAAUAACAACUCUCAGGACUCACCUCUGCACAAUGGCAUGGACCAAAGCCCACUGAAAACUCAUCCUAGCACAUCACCCAUCGCCGUUUCUACAUCUACACCUAUAGCUGCUGCCUCUACACAGAAUCCUGUCCUCAGUAAGCUCCUCAUGGAAGACCAAGAUGCACCUCUGGACCUUUCAGUCAAGAAGGUCAGACCAGAAAUCCAUGAACAAGAUUGUGUUCUGGAUCUUUCAAUCAAGAAGAAUCGUAGUCCAGACAGCAUGCUUCUCAGAAGCCCUGUGAAUUCGACAUCAGUUGUUAAACGGCAAGCUUCAGGUUUUGCUAAAGCAAGAGAUCUAAAGUCAUCACCCACAUUGGAACAGUUUAUGGCUAAGCUGUGUUUGCAUCACCAGAGGCAGAUUGUCGACGCGUUUGGAUUCUUGCAAAGUGAAAUAAAAGCUAUGAAUUCCUCCAGUGAAGUGGAAGCCUCCACCCCAGAAGUCUCGGAAAUACCAGUAAGCUCAGACUGUACAGAAGAAAGGGCAGAUAUUCAAGAUACUGAAGAAACUUUGCCUGUAGCAAGAGACACGAAUGGGGAAGAAUCGCCAGUUUCCAGAAAUGAUGAAAUUUCACCUGCAGAACAGCAACUGAGAGCUGAGGAGCCCUUGAUUGCAUCAAUCAAGAAUGGAUCUUCCAUAGAUCUUUGUCAGGCAGAUAUUGGAGAUGAUGAUGAUGAAUGUAGCAGUCCAAACAUUCAGCCUAAAUGUCCACCUUUACUGAUUGUGAAAAACAACCUUGGAAAUCUUGAAGCCAAAAAGUUGUCUGAGGUGGGCUCAAUCAUUCAAGAAACUAAUGCUGGCACUUUAGAGCAGGGUCCCUGUGCUUCUGACAUGCCUUCACACACAAAUAGCGUUGAUCUUGAUACUGUUGUGCUGUCUGCAUGUUCUACAAGUCCCGGACACUCCGAGCCUAAUUGCCUUCCUUUACCUAGCAAUGAUACUCCUGUUAAACCCUGCUCAAUUCAGAGGACCACAAAUGUCAUUUCACCCAAUUCUUCAAGAACAGCCAAGAAAAGUAGCAGAGGCUCUCAUCCCAGGCUUGGCUCAAUAGGUAACACUGUAAAUGAUCCUGAUUUUAAAUAUGACAUUGUCUAUGUAGGGAAAUCAAUUAUUGAAUGUAAGCUUCAAACUCCGAGCCAUAUGCCUACAAGGAGAAAUGCUAGAAAAAGCACAAGAGGACAUCUGAGUUUUGGGGAUUGCUUGGAGAUAAAAACAGUGCGAACGCUGGCACCCAAAUCUGUUCAGAAUGGUAGUGGGAAUUAUCCUGUUCCUAUGCCUGAGAUAACCACAUCAAUCACUCCAAAGCAGGCUCUUGCUAAACCUGAUGGCUUACCUGCGAUGACGGUACCUUUUACCGGGGAUUGUAUGGAAACAGUGAUGAACAAAAACCUAUCUGAUCAGUCAGUAGUGUCAGAAGUCCCUGGAGAUGUUGUUGAAAUAACAAGUGAGGAUUUCAUUGUAGAACCUAGUCAAACAGGUCAAACUCAGCAAAAAGAACAAAUUUCCUGUUUACUUUCAGAUGAGCAAUGUGAUCCAGUAGUUGAGCAGGACUCUAAUGUGGGUAUAUUUGACGUUUUAGACGUUAGUGAAAGAACUCCUAAUUCUACCAUGUUAACUGAAACAUCUGAAAAAGUAGAAGUUGCAACAAAAGAAACUAUAGAUGCUCCUGAAACGAGUGUGAUCUUGGGUGGGAUAGAAACAGAGGUCCAUGGUCAACAUCUAGCCACAGAGUCAUUGCUAAAUACAGACACCUCAAGCAUAGAAAAUGAUGCAUCUGAGGCAGAAGGUUUGAGAGUAGGAACUGAUUUAAAGUCCCCAGAACAGACUAAAUGUUUAACAAAACAGGUACUGACAUGUACAGAUAACAGCACGAUAUUACAAGAGACUUGUGUAACUGAGGCAGUGGAUUCCACCAAUCCAGAUAAACUGGAGUCGAAGAUGUCUGAAUUGGUGGUUAAGGAAAUUACUACAAAAGACCAACUUGAAGAAUGUAGGCAAGGUGCUUCAGAAAGUUUCUCUCCAAAGAAGGGUGUUGCUAAACAGGCCCUCCCUUCAGAUAGGUGUUUGCGAAGUGGAGUCUCCAAAGCCAUAUCUGAACAAACAUCUGUGUCUGACAUGUCAGAACAGACAAAACUGGCCAUCCAUGAAAAAAAUAUUCCAGAGUCUAAACAGGCUUCUAAAUUGAAGCACCCGGAGGAAAAUGUGCCAUGUCAUGGAGGAAAGAAUAAUGUAGGAGUCACAGAUUUUAAUUCUGAGAAAGCACAACAAUCCCCAGUGGUCAAGCAAGUGGACAGUAUAGGUAACAAAGUGUGCACAAGACAGAAGCAAAAGCUAAUGAUGUUGAAGGAAAUGGAGUCUGAUAAUGAACAGAAUGUCCAAGAGCUCCCAAACCCAAGUGAUGAGCUGAAAGGCCAAGGUUGUGUGGUGAACAAUGUUCCUGAAAAUGAGGUGAAUACUCUUCCUCACAGUGGUGAAUCUCCUGGAAAGAACAGCCCUGGAAAAUCCAUAAGGGUUUCUGAGAGAAUGCCUCUUAGAAACAGGAGCAGUCCAAGUGAGCAUUCUGUUAGCACUGCUCAAUCCCCUUCACCUACCAAAAAUCUUCCACACACCCCUGAACGAAUGCCUUUGAGAAGCAGAAAUGGCAUUACUGUUGAUCAGCCUGUGGAUGGAGAUUCUUGCAGUUCCCCCACUCCAGGCCAUGUAGAGAAGAAUGGACGAAUGCCUUUGAUAAACAGGAAUAGUGGUUUUGCUGAGCAGACUGUUGGCAAAGAUUCCUGCAUUUCCCCAAAUACAAGCAGUGUAGACAGUGUGGCACGCAUGCCAUUGAGAACCAGAAACUGUAGUGCAGUCAGCCGCCAUAUCAGUGAAGGGUCCUCUGUGAUCAAGGAUGCAUCAGGUGCCAUCAAUGACCAAUCUAAUGGUGAGGACAGUGGUGUUACCAGUAAGAAAUUGUCAAGCGCUGGACACAUGCCUCUAAGACGUGGAAGUGGUCUGUUGGCAGAACAGUCAUCCACCCUCAGUUCAUCUGGUUCAGAUGCUGGAACUGUCUCCGAGAGCCCUGGGCGCAUGUCAUUGAGAAGAAGCAAUACUUUUAGUGCUGACAAGCAGGAAUGUUUACAGACACCUCUCAAAAGGAAAAAGCUUUCUCCAGGACUUCCCAAAAUGUCUAGAACAUCUGUACUGUCCUUAGUCCAUAAGGGAGAACCCAACAAUAACCGUGCUAAUGCAAAGACUAAACUUUUUAAUGACCAAUUGAAAGUCUCUUCUAUCCCAAAUUCAUUUACUUCACUUAACCUCCCCACCACCAGUCCUUUAAUUCCCAGUCCAUGCAAGUUUUUGGAGGCUUUAAAUGGGGAAGCAAACCAACAAUUGAUUUCAGAUUUAAAUAGUAAAUUCGAAAAGAUGCAAAAAGGGUGGGUUCAAAUGGAUAAAGAGGGCCAGCCUGCACCAAAACCCAAAAACAAGGCAGACAGACUAAAGGAAAUAUGGAAAAGCAAACGAAGAAUUAGAAAACCAAGGUCAUUAGAGCAGCAGAGAUUCUCUCCUGUGCAAAUGUUAUUUAUGAAACCCUUUGACCUUCCCAAUAUCUGUCGCUGGUUCUUGCAGUCAACAGAAACAAAAUCUCUUGUUAUUGUAAAGCAGGUGAACACAAGGCUUCCAUCUGAAACACAGCUGGGUUUUCAGACCUUACCUUCCAUGCCAGAGUCCUCCGAUGGAAUAUUCCCAAGUCUGCAGGCUGAACGCUUAAAAAAGCACCUGAAAAAGUUUGCUAUUGCGUCCCCUGUGAAGAGCAACCCCAAGAACAAAAGGCUAAUUGCUAAAGCUUUAGCCCAGGGUAUCUCUAAGGGCAAAGAAAAACGAGAACGCAGAACUGCGACUCGGAUCUCCUCAAAGCCACAGAACUCUGCUGGCUUGAUACAGCCGCAGCCCCUCGAGAACCACAGCAAGGUUGCUGCAAGUACAAAAAAUCCAGCAAGUGCAAAAAAUCCAGCAAGUGCAAAAAAUCCAGCAAGUGCUAGAAUUCUGAGGAAAUAUUCCAAUAUGCGUGAGAAAAGACAAGUCCAACAAAACUCUUUGAAGAAAUUAAAGAGGUCGCUAGUCGAGGUAGACAAUAGGCAAUCCAUGAGAAAGAAGAUGGCUAAAGAAAGACUGUCCACAAGGAGAGGACAAAAAUCAGCCAUCGUCAAAAAAGUUAAAAGGUUGACUAAAAAAGCAAAAACGCGUGCUACAAAACAGAAAGUCCCAAAAGGUGGUGGUAGAGGGUUAAGAUGUUUAACCACAAAGGGUAGAAUCUCUUCGAAGAGGGUGCUUCCCAGAUUGUUAAAAUCUAAUUCUGUUACCGCUCAUAAAUCCGUGAGUAGAAAAGAAAUGCUGUUGAAAGCUGACAAGUCUCCACAACCAAAAACUGACCAUAAGAAAUCACCUCUUCAUAAAGGUCCCGAAGGUUUAACGUCUCCGUCUCGGAUGAUGGAUGUGAAGCCUCUGUUAUCGGAAGACCAGGUUCUCACGAGGUCUCAAAGAAAGAUGGAGGCCACUCUUGCACAAACGGGAUCUCCAAAAGCCUCUACAAAGAGAGGCAUGGAAAGCUCAGUCACACCAGCUAAGCGGACAAGGACAUCGAAAUGAUGAUGAAGGAUAGAAAUAAAGACUGCAGUUGCAGAUGGGUGAUGGCGUUUCCACGAGUGAGAAAUGUUUCUGUUCUGGGAACGCGGCUUCUCCAUCAAGAAGUAUAGGAAUGGCUUGACUUCCUCCCUUGUCUUUUGUGCAGACCCACUGUGCAGAAACCAAAUGUACAAUUUCUUUAUUAGCAUUAGCAUUGGCACUAGCCUUUAUUUCAUUAGUGUUGUGCACUUGACGUUGCAAAGGUGCAGUAUGUCCAAAUUGGUCAGUCUGUCCAUUCUAACAAAAUGUCGUGUGCACCGGUUGAUUAGAAACUGCUCGUUAAUAAUUGACCAACUCCAAACCUUCACCAGUUAUAGCUGAUCUUGAUGAUGUGCCUUAUUAAGUAACAGACUGUUCCUUAAACCAUGGAAUCCUCCAUGCUGCAUGUGUCAUUUUGUUUAAAGGUAUCCUUAUGCCUAAGCUAUAUCUAUGAGCUCUGUUUCCUCCGGUCACCAUGCUCACUUCUUUUUCUUCUUCUAAACAUUUAUCUUUCUAUAGCCCCUAUUUAGGUUAAGUUAAUUUAAGGAGCAUUAAACUUGAACGCUUGAUCAUUCUGUAAUUUCCAUUCUGUUACUGUGAUGUUUUCUUCUUUGUCAUAAUUUCAGUUCUGUUACUUUUUUUUUUGCCUCAGAUGUGUUUGCUCCGUUAUCUCAUUACUUGCUGCUGAUCAGCUAAAUUGAAACUGUAAAAUUUUGAUUUCGUUACCUUAGAGCUUAAUAUAACUAACUAUAACUUAUGAAUAAUCAGGUCAGUGGCUUGUCAGAAUGGAAAUGCUUUUUUGUUUGUUGAGUUAUCCGGCUCUGCUGUCUCCUGAGAACACUUUAGCUAAUAUUUGGAAUCUUCAAUGCAGGUUUUUAAUUUUGCUCUGCUGUUUCGAAGUGGCCAGAAGAGUCCAUAGCAGGCUUUAGAAAAUCAUGUACCUUUUCAUGGAUUCUGUGUGUAGUAGAUUCCCAAACUGCUGAUUGAAUUGAGAGAAGAACAGCUUCGGGUGCAAAAGUGUUCACUUUUGUGUUUCUCUGAAUUUGAAGUCUAUGCAUGCAAGGUGAUGUGCCUCAGAAGAUCAUCUGCAGAUAUUUCUUGAAUGGUUGACUCUUUCGAUAGAGAUACUUUGACCAAAUGUGACUAAUUGAAGGCUAAUGUCCAGACGGACAUUUUGUUUUUCGAGUGCUGGAGUCUUGAGUUGGACUGAAUGUCAUCUGAAUGAACAUGUGAACCUUUUUAAUUGUCUACAAUGUAAACCUAUUAAAAAAGAAAUCAUUGUGCUGCCA